AUGUUUUAAGCUCUCAACACAAUGAAGAAAUGAAGCCAAAUUAAGCACUUGAUUUUUACACAUGGAAAGUGAAUGAGACAAGUGCUCUUUACAGCAUGUGUUGAAGCUCUUUUGUCUUAAAGCAAACCAUAGUGCAUCUCUCUCCGUAUCUGCUCGCCAUAGGAAGUAUUUUGAGCUGUUUUUUUGGUGAAAAUAAUUUUCACAAAGUUCAAAAAGAAGAAAGUUGUUUUGUGUGCACAGUUUUGUAGGUCCAAGUGUCUCAGUUUUCUGGGUCCGUGAGGACUCAGAUCUUUUAAUAGGCUCUUAAAUUGGUUCUUUUGUGUUUUCAAGAGAUAUAUAAAAAAAAGAAUAGGAAAAGGGAGAUGAGUGGGUGUAUUCAUGAAUUUUUCAUCCAUUCAUGAGCUUCUCCUUCUUGGGUUUAUUUUGAUAAAGCUAAUAUAAUAGAAUAUUAGCAGCAAUAAUUUAAAUCACCAUUUACAAGAUUGAGAGUAGAACACAAGAAAAAUCAUACUUCCAUUUAUUGUCCCUUUCCUUAUUAAAGCUCGUGUUUUGUCUCUUGUUUCAUAACAGGAGAUAGCUUAAUUACUACACUCGUCUAGAGAGGGGACCUUAGCCUCCGAAGAAGUAUGUUUUUCACUCCUGCUAAAAAGUUGAGCAAGAGCUUUUUCUGUGGUUAAUUUUCAAGCUUCAUUACUACUCACAAAUUCCAACCUUGAGUUUCUUGUCUUUGUAGUUUUCUUGAACAAACCCACCUUUUGUAUUCAAGAAUCAAGAUUUAAAGCAUAUGGUUGUUCAGAUACUGAAAAUUCCGUUGUCAAAGUUUCUAAUGUUUAGAAAUGCAGAAGAGAGAUUAAAGCAAGAUCCUUUUUUUUUUCUUUUCUGAUCUGAUAAAAGAGGUGUGCUUUAUCCUUUUGAGCUUAAGAUAUGGCAAAUGAGCUCCGUAACCAAGAGAGACUACCAGACAACCUCAAGAAACAGCUUGCUCUUGCUGUGAGGAGCAUUCAAUGGAGCUACGCAAUCUUCUGGUCAAAUCCAACUGGACAACCAGGGGUUUUGGAGUGGGCUGAUGGGUACUACAAUGGAGAUAUUAAGACACGGAAAACAGUUCAAUCCAUAGAGCUUAAUGCAGAUGAAUUGGGUUUACAGAGAAGUGAGCAAUUGAGAGAACUCUAUGAGUCACUGUCGGCUGGUGAAGCCAAUCCACAAGCGAGGAGACCUUCAGCUGCAUUAUCCCCAGAAGAUCUCACUGAUACGGAGUGGUAUUAUUUGGUUUGCAUGUCCUUUGUAUUCGACAGUGGCCAGGGCUUGCCAGGAACAACAUUAGCAAAUGGUCACCCUACCUGGCUAUGCAACGCUCCUUCUGCAGAUAGCAAAAUAUUCAGCCGCUCUCUGCUAGCUAAGAGUGCAUCAAUUCAGGUUUUGGAGGACCCAAGUCUCAUUCAACACAUCAAGACUUCAUUCUUGGAGAUCCCAUACACAGUAACUGCCAAUCAUUCUAGUGCAAAAAGUGACAAAGAGCUUGCCUGUGCCACUUUCAAUCGUGAAAUACAUGACACCAAACCUGUUCCAGUUAUACGAUGUAGAGAAACAGACACACUUUCCCCUGAUGACAAUUCAAAUGAUCAGGCAGCCACAGAUACGAUUAUGGUUGAAGGGCUAAAUGGAGGAGCUUCCCAAGUGCAAAGUUGGCAGUUCAUGGAUGAUGACUUCAGCAACCGUGUUCAUCAUCCCUUGAAUUCUAGUGACUCUGUAUCUCAAACCAUUGUAGAUCCUGUGAUGCUUGUUCCUUUUCUGAAGGAUGGAAAGGUAAAUGGCCAGAGUCUUCAGGACAUUCAAGACUGCAAUCACAAGAAGCUGACUGCAUUGAACCUUCAAAGCGAUGAUUUGCAUUAUCAAAGUGUUCUCUCGUGUCUCUUAAAGACCUCCCAUCCAUUAAUUCUUGGACCCAAUGUCCAGAAUUGUUAUCAGGAACCGAGCUUUGUCAGUUGGAAGGAAGCAGGAUUGAUGCAUUCUCAAAAAUUGAAAAAUGGAACUCCACAAAAACUACUAAAGAAGAUACUGUUUGAAGUUCCUCGGAUGCAUGUUGAUGGUUUGCUGGAUUCCCCGGAAUAUAGUAGUGACAAAGUUGUAGGUGGCAGGCCCGAGGCUGAUGAAAUUGGCGCAAGCCAUGUAUUAUCAGAGAGGAGGCGAAGAGAAAAGCUGAAUAAAAGGUUUAUGAUUCUGAAAUCAAUUGUCCCUUCAAUCAGCAAGGUUGAUAAAGUAUCUAUACUAGAUGACACAAUUCAAUACCUUCAAGAGCUUGAAAGAAAGGUUGAAGAGUUGGAAUGUAGGAGGGAGCUUUUAGAGGCAAUAACCAAAAGAAAACCUGAAGAUACUGUGGAGAGGACAUCUGAUAACUGCGGCAGCAAUAAGAUUGGAAAUGGUAAAAAUUCGUUGACAAAUAAGAGGAAGGCUCCUGACAUUGAUGAAAUGGAGCCAGAUACCAACCAUAACAUAUCAAAAGCUGGUUCAGCUGACGAUAUAACUGUCAGCAUGAAUAAAGGGGAUGUUGUAAUCGAGAUCAAGUGUCUUUGGAGGGAUGGAAUAUUGCUCGAGAUAAUGGAUGCAGCGAGCCAUCUCCAUUUAGAUUCUCACUCAGUUCAAUCAUCCAUCAUGGACGGGAUUCUUUCGCUGACUAUCAAAUCAAAGCACAAGGGAUUGAAUGCUGCAUCAGUUGGCACAAUCAAACAUGCCCUUCAAAUGGUUGCUGGGAACUUGUUUUCGAAUCGAUGACUGUAUGAUUAGUAUUCACUGCUUCAGUCGUAAGAUUCUGUGUUGUGGAGGGCUUCAUAGAUCAGAGCUAAUGAACAUAGAAUUUCCUCGACGUAGAGGAGUCCAAUAAACAGAAAAUGCACUUAUUCCGAACAUUUAUGUCUAAUAAACAUUUAUGUUUUGUACGUGUAUGGAAUAGUGGAUUACUUGUAAGAUAAGUGGCUUCAAUGACGUCACAUCAAAGGAUCGAAGGGUGUAAAGCCGAGAGAAAUAAAGAUAUGAAAGUAAAGUUUUGAUCCACUGAAUUUCGGCAGGUGCAUUUGUUAUGGCCUUGCAUUCCGUUUUAUGGAUCAUGAAAGAAGGCACAUCUGAUUUGUUCAAAAUCUGGGACGUGGACAAGUCCAGUUUGCUUCGAAGAAGAACAAGUAUAUAGCGGCGUUGAGACAAGUAAAGGCCCUUAUCACUUCAAGUAGCCUAUACGCCGAGAAAGAAGCUGAGUUCACCACCAAGGUUUUUGACUAGAAAAUCGGUCUCCACAGCUCAUGGAAGCCUGGCUUGGGAAGAUAAAUAGAUAGAUGACAGGAAAAGAGAGGUCGUGUUUUGAUUUGUUUUAGUGCUCAUCGUGUAAAACAUGCGUGGAGAACAGUAAGCAACCCUAAGUAUCUCGCUAGUAUUAUGAUCGCGAUUGGUUUUAAA